AUGCAGCAGGUGUUUUUGGAGGAGUACUACACCAUGAAUAGAACCAGUGAAGCUCGGGAUGCAAUCAGAGCAUUCCAGCAACAUUCAGGGGAAGCGUUCCAUGAGGCAUUCACAAGAUUUAAGGAGUUGCUUAGGAAAUGCCCACAUCAUGAAAUUCAAACGUGGGAAUUAAUUAAGGCAUUCUAUGAUGGGCUACUUCCUGAUGAUGUAAGAGAUCUUAUCGCCAUCAGUAAUGGUACGUUUGUCACAAACACCGAGGCUGCAGAUUGGACAUAUUUAGAGAGACAAAGUGCCACUUCGAAGAGACAGGCACAAUCUAGCAGGAGGGAAAGAUCGAGUUCAGCGAAGUCGGUUGAUUAUGAAGCUGAGGAACGGGUCGAGAAGUUGAGGCAUCAAAGCUUAUUGCUUGAGCGUCAGUUAGCUCAAAUUAACCUUGGAAAAGGGGGUGAAGUUAAAACCGCCAAUACGUUUUCGGUGUGCACUGAAUGUGGAGAGUUAGGGCAUCAAGUCGGAGAAUGUGUUGUACUGGGUGGUCAGACCGAUGAAGUGAAUCAAAUCUAUGGUGAACGAAAGUACCUAACCAAUGAGGUCAACAGUAUCAGAAUCGGCAAGGAAAUUACUCGCAAGGAGGUUACCAGAAUCGGAGCCAAUAUAAUCAAGGGCCUCAAGCCAACAACCAACAGCAAAAUCAAAGCAAUUAUCAAGGGAGUUGGAGGAAUCAAGGCAACCAGCAAGGAUAUUCAGAAGGAUAAUGAGGUUAGAGACAAAACUUCGGAAGCAAUGCAGAAACAGUUGGGGCAGCUAGCAGAAGAUCUAGUUCAGCUGAGAAAAGAUCCAGGUAAGUUGCCAAGCACUACCACAGUUAAUCCAGCACAUCAGUCAUCUAGCUUAAAGAAUGGAAGAAAUGUGCACAUCAAUGCGGUAAGUGUUAGUCCAACUUUUGACACUGGUAGUGUUGAGGUAGCUCCACCAUCACAAGUAGUUGAGGAGGUGAUGGAGUAUGUUAAUAUUGAAUCGGAUUCUCAACAUGAUCGGGACCCACCAAGGGAUGAAAGGUGGGAAAGCUUUAAACAAGCUAAAAUUAAUCUACCCUUACUUGAUGCGAUUAAAGAGAGUCCCGAUCAUGUGGAGUGUUUGAAAGAGUUAAGUACCCAAAAACGACUUCACAAGUUCCCUAAAAAACUUGAUUUAACUACAAACGUGAGUGCCGCUUUAUUGGGUACCCUUCCACCCAAACUUCAAGAUCCAGGAGCACCCAUUAUUUCCAUACAAGUGGUCAACACCACCGUGGUGUUGGCUGAUCAGACUCCCAUGUGUCCGAGGGGGAUUGUAAGGGACGUAAUUGUGAAAACAGAAGAGUGUUACUACCCAGUUGACUUCUUAGUGCUUGAUUGUGCCACAAGUUCAAAGAACACGCACCCUCCAGUCAUUCUGGGUAGACCGUUCUUAGCGACUGCUCAUGCAAUUAUAAACUGCGUUGAUGGAACGGUAAGUAUGAAGUUUGGUGAUCGCGAAUUACGGUUAAAUGUGUUUUCAGAUGCUACUGAUCCUUUUAUUUCAGGUGAACGCUCAAAAGUGGAAAAUGGUGAUGAGAAUGUCUCUCCUGCAAAGGAGAUUCAAACAAAAUAUGAGUGCUUUUUGGUUGACAGGUUUGAAGUGGCAGGGAGCAAAGCAGUAAGGAAAAAGGAAAGUGAGGCGUAUGAGGAGUUUAAAACAGACAAAGGGAAGCCACGAGGGAAGAAGAAGAAAAAGAAACCGCCUGAAGUUGAUAAUGCAAAAAGGAGGUUAAAGUUAUUCGGUCCAAUGUGGAAGACAGUGGACGACUCACUAGAGCAUUGGUGGGGUACCUACGUAGAGGCCAUGGGACGCAAGCAUCCGACUCAACCACCAUGA